UUCUCCUCCUUUCGACACUAAACACAACUCUCGCAAACAAGUUUGUGCUCUCCACGCAAUUAGGGUUAUUUUCUCUGAACUACCACCCUAUCAACCCUCCUCCUCUACCUGUCUGUAGAAAUGGCUUCUUCGACGGCGCAAAUCCACGUUCUUGGAGGCGUGGGCUUUGCUUCCUCGUCGAAGAGGAGCUGCAGGAACAAGGAUGGUUCAUUUCCGAGAAAUGUCUUCUUUGGAACUAAAACGGCACCAUUCCGUUUACCCAAUUCGGCUUUCUUGAGACUUCGAAGUAGGAAUCCGAGCUCAUCGAGGUAUGCGGUUGGCCCGGUGAGGGUAGUAAAUGAGAAAGUAGUAGGUAUCGAUUUGGGAACCACGAACUCGGCCGUGGCUGCCAUGGAGGGUGGAAAGCCGACCAUAGUGACGAACGCAGAGGGUCAAAGAACGACUCCCUCUGUCGUGGCAUAUACUAAGAACGGGGACCGGUUGGUCGGUCAGAUUGCCAAGCGUCAGGCUGUGGUCAACCCGGAGAACACUUUUUUCUCUGUCAAGAGGUUCAUCGGGAGGAAGAUGUCCGAGGUGGAUGAGGAGUCCAAACAGGUGUCCUACAGGGUUGUAAGGGAUGAGAACGGAAAUGUCAAGCUUGAUUGUCCCGCAAUUGGGAAACAGUUUGCCGCUGAGGAGAUUUCGGCUCAGGUUUUGAGAAAGCUUGUGGAUGAUGCUUCUAAGUUUUUGAAUGAUAAAGUGACUAAAGCUGUCGUCACAGUGCCUGCAUACUUCAAUGAUUCUCAGAGGACGGCAACAAAAGAUGCUGGACGUAUUGCUGGCUUAGAAGUUCUUCGUAUCAUCAAUGAACCUACUGCUGCCUCUUUGGCAUAUGGUUUUGAAAAGAAAAACAAUGAGACUAUCCUUGUCUUUGAUCUUGGUGGUGGGACUUUUGAUGUUUCAGUGCUUGAGGUUGGGGAUGGAGUGUUCGAAGUGCUCUCUACUUCCGGAGAUACUCAUCUUGGUGGUGAUGACUUCGAUAAGAGAAUUGUUGACUGGCUUGCAUCAAAUUUUAAGAGAGAUGAAGGCAUAGACCUUUUGAAGGACAAACAAGCUCUUCAACGACUAACAGAGACAGCGGAGAAGGCUAAGAUGGAGCUAUCAUCUUUGACUCAAACAAACAUUAGUUUGCCAUUCAUUACUGCAACAGCAGAUGGCCCUAAACACAUUGAGACUACCCUUACAAGAGCCAAGUUUGAGGAAUUGUGUUCAGACUUGCUUGACAGGUGCAAGACUCCUGUUGAAAAUGCUUUGAGGGAUGCAAAACUAUCCUUCAAAGAUCUUGAUGAGGUGAUCCUCGUUGGUGGAUCAACGCGCAUUCCAGCUGUACAGGAGCUUGUAAAGAAGAUGACUGGCAAGGAACCUAAUGUCACAGUCAACCCUGAUGAAGUUGUUGCCUUGGGGGCUGCAGUUCAGGCUGGUGUUUUAGCUGGAGAUGUCAGUGACAUUGUACUCUUGGAUGUGACACCUUUAUCACUUGGUCUUGAAACUCUUGGUGGUGUCAUGACAAAGAUUAUUCCUAGGAAUACUACUUUGCCCACAUCAAAAUCAGAGGUGUUCUCAACUGCUGCCGAUGGUCAGACUAGUGUGGAGAUCAAUGUCCUUCAAGGUGAAAGAGAAUUUGUCAGGGAUAACAAGUCUCUUGGCAGCUUCCGUCUAGAUGGUAUACCACCUGCACCUAGAGGGGUUCCACAAAUUGAAGUAAAAUUUGAUAUUGAUGCCAAUGGUAUUCUAUCUGUUACUGCCAUUGACAAAGGCACAGGGAAAAAGCAGGACAUCACCAUUACUGGUGCUAGCACCUUGCCUAGUGAUGAGGUGGACAGAAUGGUGAAGGAGGCUGAGAAGUUUGCAAAGGAAGACAAGGAGAAGAGAGAUGCUAUAGAUACAAAGAAUCAGGCAGAUUCGGUUGUCUACCAGACAGAGAAGCAGCUGAAGGAGCUUGGUGACAAGGUUCCAGGCCCAGUCAAAGAGAAGGUUGAGGCAAAACUUCAAGAGCUCAAGGAUACUAUUGCCGGUGGGUCAAUUCAAGCAAUUAAAGAUGCUAUGACUGCUCUUAACCAAGAAGUUAUGCAGCUUGGUCAGUCCCUCUACAACCAACCUGGUGCACCCGGUGCACCUGGUGCCGGCCCAGCACCUGGAGGUGAGGCAAGCUCCUCAGAUUCGUCAAGCAAAGGCCCAGAUGGUGAUGUCAUUGAUGCAGAUUUCACAGACAGCAAAUGAGAAAGCAAAGUGACAUUGGUGGGAUUUUGCAUCGUAUGGCAGUGUGUAUAAUAAUUCAAUAUUGCCCGGGGGAAUUUUGGAUUUUUGAUAUCAAGGGAUAAGCAAAUCUUUGAAGUCAUUUUUGUUGAGAAGGAAUUUGUUAAGAGGGAUUAUAGAGGAGGGAGGAUCUUGUAGUUUCUCAUAGUAUCUAAGAGAACGAUCCUUAACAAUCAAGGGAAUGGGGUGAGAGUAAAUCCUUAAGACUCUGUAAGAAGAUUUUACUCAGGUCUCUUUUAUGAGCUAUGGCAAUCACUGAUGUUUCAGCUGUU